AUGAUCAAAACAAGACCACCAGUAGGGCAGAUGUCAUCCGUAGUUGCUCCUGCUAAAGCUUCAAGUGCAAUGGGACCAAAAGAAGUUGAAUUAAUUCUUGUCAAGGAGCAAAAUGGAGUUCAGCUUACUAAUUCUGCCUUGGUCAGUCCAGCUCAAACUAACACCGAGACUGAAGAAAGAGAGACGUGGAGUAAAAAGAUUGAUUUUCUUCUUUCUGUUAUUGGGUUUGCAGUGGAUUUAGCCAAUGUCUGGAGAUUUCCAUACCUGUGUUACAAAAAUGGAGGAGGUGCUUUCCUGGUGCCAUACAUUUUUUUCAUGGUUAUUGCUGGGAUGCCCCUCUUCUACAUGGAGCUCGCCUUAGGGCAAUUUAACAGGGAAGGAGCAGCAGGAGUUUGGAAGAUUUGUCCUAUUCUCAAAGGGGUUGGAUUUACAGUUAUUCUGAUCUCACUAUAUGUUGGAUUUUUUUAUAAUGUGAUUAUUGCUUGGGCACUGCAUUACCUAAUCUCUUCAUUCACCUCUGAGCUACCAUGGAUUCACUGCAACAACUCCUGGAACAGUCCAAAUUGUUCUGAGACCAUCUACUUCAACUUCAGUGAUGAAAACUUUUUUGACAUGAGCUAUACAUAUAAAGUCACACCUGCAGCAGAGUACUUUGAACGAGGUGUUCUACAUCUUCAUGAAAGCCAAGGAAUCAAUGACUUGGGUUUGCCCCGUUGGCAGCUAACAGUCUGUCUUGUUGGGGUAAUCGUAUUACUUUACUUCAGUUUAUGGAAAGGAGUUAAGACAUCAGGGAAGGUUGUGUGGAUUACAGCCACUAUGCCUUACGUGGUCCUCACUGCACUGCUUCUUCGUGGUGUCACUCUUCCUGGAGCAAUUGAUGGCAUUAAGGCAUAUCUAAGUGUUGACUUUCUUCGACUAUGUGAGGCAUCGGUUUGGAUUGAUGCAGCAACACAGAUUUGUUUCUCGCUUGGUGUUGGUUUUGGUGUGCUAAUCGCAUUUUCCAGUUACAAUAAGUUCACUAACAACUGCUAUAGAGAUGCAAUAAUUACUACUUCUGUCAACUCCUUGACAAGUUUUUUCUCAGGUUUUGUAAUUUUUUCCUUCCUUGGAUACAUGUCUCAAAAACACAAUGUCCCUAUUGGUGAUGUAGCAAAAGAUGGGCCAGGCCUUAUAUUUAUCAUCUAUCCGGAAGCCAUUGCUACACUUCCACUUUCUUCAGUUUGGGCCGUAAUAUUUUUCAUUAUGCUUCUCACACUUGGAAUCGACAGUGCAAUGGGAGGGAUGGAAUCUGUCAUCACUGGCCUUAUUGAUGAAUUUAAAUUUCUACACAAACAUCGGGAGCUCUUUACACUUUUUAUCGUUAUAUCGACCUUCCUGGUAUCUCUUUUCUGCGUGACCAAUGGUGGAAUUUAUGUCUUUACACUUCUGGACCAUUUUGCUGCAGGGACGUCUAUCCUAUUUGGAGUACUUUUUGAAGCAAUUGGAAUUGCGUGGUUUUAUGGUGUUGGCCGAUUCAGUGAUGAUAUCCAAGAAAUGAUUGGGAAAAGACCAGGCCUGUACUGGAGACUUUGUUGGAAGUUUGUCAGCCCAUGUUUUCUCCUGUUUGUGGUUGUGGUCAGCAUUGUAACAUUCAGACCUCCUAACUAUGGAAGUUACGUAUUCCCGCAGUGGGCAAACGUUGUUGGCUGGCUAGUUGCCAUUUCAUCCAUGUCUCUGGUACCUAUUUACGCCAUCUAUAAGUUAUGUAGCCUUCCUGGAUCCUUCAGAAAGAGAGUUGCUUACGCAAUAACACCCGAAAAAGAUCAUGCACUGAUAGAAGAGGGUGAAGUGCAGCAAUUUACUGUUAGUUUUCCCGGAGCCUUUUACCAUCUGUUGGCAUUCCGUUUCUCUGUUCUGGAAGCCGGAUCCUCACAGCAAGCCUCAUUACGUCAUCAGCUACGGCCGGACUGCUUCUAG